AUGACUCAAACGCAUGCAUCGGGUGCAGCAGCAGCAGCUGCAGCAGCAGCUGCUGCUGCUGCUGUUGCUGCUGCUUCAUCCCCCAGGAUCAACCCCCCAGCCUCAGCCGACAGGGAGACCGACGACGCGCUGCUGCUGCUCACAAGAGAGUCAGCACUGCAGCAGCAGCAGCAACAGCAGCAACAUAUUCAUCAACAUCAACAACUGCUACACCAGCAGCAACAGCUAAAACAGCCCCAGCUGCAGCAGCAGCAACAACAGCAGCUGCAACUCGUCCUGCAGCAGCAGCAGCAACAACAGCAACAACAGCUGCAACAGCCCCAACAGCAUUUACAGCUGCAGCUGCAGUUGCAACUGCAGCAGCAGCAACAUCAGUUGCAGCUGCAACAUCAGCAGCAGCAAACCGGCACAGACCCGGAGAUCAGGGCUUCUCCUGCUGCUGCUGCUGCUGGCGGUACAGCUCAAACAAAUGAAGCAGAAGCAGAAGCAGCAUCUGCCUCAAGAACCCCCAGGCACAUCGCAGGGCCUCCCCCUCCAGCCUGUCACCUGCGGCCUCAGUUCGUAAAGGUUAGUUGCAGCAGCAGCAGCUGCAGCAGCAGCAGUUCGCUGUACAGACAAACACUGCAGCAGCAUGCGCCGCGUCUUCUCGUUCUAUUUUAA